GCGAGCUCAGUAUGCGUUGAGCCUUCAUAGAGGUAGUGCACGCGCUCCCGUCUCUCUCACUCCUUGAAGUCUCCCAGUGUUGAACCAAACCUUUCCUAGAGGAUUACGUGAUGCAGUGAUUGGCAAUGUAAUCUGGUGAUCCGUGCGUGCUGAAGUGAAUAGAAAACGAGAUAGAAAAGAAAACGAGAGAAAGUUAUACAAAAAAGGAGAAAGAGAAAGCAAGGAAAGAAAUUAAGAGAAAGGAAAGUAAAAAAAAACAAAACAAAGAAAUAAAAGAUAAAAGCCGGAAAAUUAAAGUGAGAGUACAAAUUAAAAAAGUAGAGAUUUUUUUUCAAAGCAAGUGUGAGAAAUUUGGCAACAGUGUACAGUGAUCAACAGGGAAUUGGCAACAGUGCGGCGCGUGUCUGGUCAAGCUUGGAGUGUUUUUCCUACGGCUUUUACCUCCAGUUUUCCUCCACCUCCUCCUUCUGUUCCCAAGGGCCAAGAGGUCUGCUGGUGUUCGUUCCUCCUUUGUGUUCUCGUGUGUUUGUUUGCGUUUCUCGAUCAGCUGUGAUUUAAACCCCCGCUCAGCACUCGUCAGCACGCCAGCAGCAUCACGUCCCCUUCAGCUGCAUGUGUUAGUGAUGGUGUGUCCAGGGGUGAGUGCAGCGGGCGGGGAGGGACAUGAGGUCGUCUGUGAGUGUGAUCCUGUCCACCCCUCCACCUGUCACCACCAUGAGUUACCCAGACUACACCACCAGCCCCCACCACCACCAGACCCUGCUGGUGCUCGUCAGACAAGUGGGAUCCCAAUUAAAGAGCCGCUCGUUCCAUAAACUGUACGAGCGAAUCAGCAGAGUCGGUCAUGUCAAGGUGAACGACUCCAAUGGGUCCCAGCGGCCAGUGUGGGUCACCUACCGCCGGGACUACCCUAUCGAGAACAACGACUGGGGUGACUUCCAGACACACCGCAGAGUCCUGGGCAUCAUUACCAUAGGUCAGGUGGGUAGCCAGAGUGACCUGAAUGACAUCUGCAAGCAGCACGAGAGCCUCAAGGUCAAGUACUCCUCCACGCUGUAUGACUCGCGCUGCAUCAUCUUGGGACUCAACCCAGAUGGCACCAUGUAUGAGGCGGCCUCCCAGGGGCCCUCCCGCAGCACUUCCCCAGACCCCAGUGGCACGCCGGACCCCGGAGGUGCCCCACAAACCCCUGUCCCGGCCAUCAACGGCCAUGCUCACGUCAAGAAGGUGUCUGCCGGCAGCACAGACCGGGACAGUGGUGUGUACGAGACAGUUGGUGGAGAGGAGAAGCCCACCGACUCAGACAGCCACUCAGAAGGUGCAGCCGAUCUGAAAAUUGACACCAAUCACGUCAAUGGGUCAGACUCCGGCAGUGAGAGCACCAGUGAGGUUGGCUGUUGUGAGGAGACCAAGGCGGACUCCCCGCGAGACUCUGCUGUGGAAUCAAUGCUUGACACCAGCCACUCUUCCAUCAACUCCUCAGCCUCUCAGGCAUCCAAAGUUUGCCUCCAUCCACCCUCCAACUUCAAGACCCGGGCACUGUUCUACCCAACAGGAGACCAUGCGGUGAACAUUGAGAGUCAGCUGCAGGAGUUUGUGAGUUCCCUGUUCUGGGUGUUGGAGUCCAAGCGCCUGGACAAGAGUCAGGAGAAGCUGGAACGGCCGCCUCUGCUCUGUGCUCCAUUUGAACGCAAGGACUUCAUUGGGCUGGACAUGGACUCUCGCACCAACAAGAAGCGGUGUGCAGGUCGCCUCAGGAAGCAGCUGGCUGAUCUCACCCUCCAGGCUGGCCUGCCUGUGGAGGCCAUCGUUCAGUACAGUCAUGCUGCCGACACACUGCGCCACUGUAACGACUGGCUCUGGCUUGCAGCGUGCUUCGAGGGACUGUGUGCGGCAUCAGUGGUGAUGCUGUACCCAAACCUGCGGCGCAGUGUGGGGCUGCAACGCUACUCUAGUCUUGGGGUAGGGGGGCACCAGGGUGGAGCAGGUGGUGUGCUUAACAGGAGUCGCAAUGGCUCCAUCAACACCAAUUCGCUGCCUUCGGGUCUGGAGCCCACCAUCGUCAAGCAGACCAGCAAGCACUGCCUCUCACCAGACGACAUUGUGGAGAAGUACCGGGAGGCCAUUGUCCACUACAGCAAGUACCGCAAUGCUGGUGUGGUGGAGACUGAGGCCAGCAUCAAGGCAGUUCACGUCCUCAUUGAGCAGAGGAGAUACCUCAUGGCAGCAGAGUUCCUCUCCAAUGUGGUGUUCAUCAACCUCCAGCUCUCUGAUGAGGAGAAGAUUGCCCGCUUCAGUGCCCUGGCAGACUUGUACCAUCAGGUGGGAUUCCAGCGUAAGGCUUCCUUCUUCCGGCGUGUAGCAGCCAUGCGAUGUGUGGCUCCCCAGAACCAGCAGCCUGACUGGGGCCAGUGUUACCGCCUGCUGCUGCAGACCCUUGAUGGCUACAAGGUCUGUCUGGACCCUCUGGAGUUCAGGAAAGAUGGAAGCCAAGGAUGGCCAUCCCUGCAAAUUCAGAUCCUUCAGGAGCUUGUGGGCACGUCACGAAGGAUGGGCCAGAAUGCCCUCUGCACACGUCACCAGGCCUUCCUGGUGAGUGCCAUGCUGCCACACCUGAAGGACCCAGAGCGCCAGGAGACAGCCCUCAUGCUGGAGUCCCUGAGUGCCCGCAGUGGCAGUGGUCCAGCCCCACUGGUGGUGCAGGAGACUGGCAUCAUCAUUCCUCCUGUUAACUUUCUCAACAUCCCCACUUGCAGGCGAGUGCGCAUUGUCUCUCCAGCAGGAGGCCGGAAAGCUGAGAAAAAAUCAUCACUGAUACCUGAAGAUGACAAUGGACCCUUCAUCUUUUCACCCUUCUCCUCCCUCUCCAAUAACAAUGACAGGAAGUCUCAGGGAAAAGUCGACUUUGACUGGGUGGAAGGUGAUGUAUGUGAAGUUUGUCUGGAGCUGGAGAAUCCUAUGCCUUUUGAGCUCAAAAUCACAACCAUGAUGCUCAUCACAGAAGAGGUCCAGUUUGAGUCCUGGACGUCCACCAUUGUGCUGAAGAAUGAGCGCGGACUGCAGUCAGUAACCCUGAGGGGCAGGCCACAGGGAUCUGGGCAGCUGCAGAUCACUGGAUACUCCUCCACAGUGAUGGGAGUCACCAGUAACUGUCGCUUCAAGUUCCUGCCUCACCUGCGGACGCCCCAGUACACUAUCAACGUGGUGCCUGCCCUUCCUAUGAUACAAAUCCUGUCUGGCAACAGCAGCACGGGCAGUCUUGGGGCAGAACAAGCCGUGGGGGAGGAGUGCGGCAGCCUCCACCUGUCCUUGUCAGCCGGGGAGACUCAUGAGUGCUCGGUGGUGCUUCACAACGUCUCCUCUCAACCUGUGGAGGAACUCGCUAUCACCCUUGAGUCAAAGAUGGAUAAGGAUAUGCUGCAUCAGGUGUUUCAGUACAGCCGAGAGAACCUCCAGGCCCAGCUGCCCAUCCCCCCUGGUGGCCGCGCCUCCCUCACCCUCUACGUGUAUGCUGCCUGUGACUUCCUUGCUCCAGGGAGACUUGACGAGUCCCUGGAGACCACCAGCCUGCUCUCCGGCAGUGAACCACCAUCCCUGGUGUCUGGCGGGCCCCCCUCACUUCCCUCAAGACAGUCAGUGGCCACCUCCAGCACCCGUGCUGCCCCUCGUGCCCGCCGUGCUGACUCCUCUGCUUCACUGCUGUCCUCUCGCUCUGGCUCCAGCAUGAGGUCUGGCUCCUCCUCCUCGACCCAGGCAGCCACCUCCAGCGUGAGGACCCGCACCACGGCACCCACACCAGGCUGCAGCAACAGGACUCUGGAGGCCAAUCUGCUGGUGAAGUAUUCUGGGGGUGCUGGGAUGAGUGCUGAGUACUGCCGCAGCACACAGGUGGGGGUGAGUGUGGAGGUGACACCAUCUCUGCAGGUGACGCGUUGGGAUGUGCUGCCGGCAGAACUCCCCCACCAGUGCUACGUGGUGCUGGACCUGCUCAACUGUGCCACCCAUGAGAUGGACCUCCACUACACUCCCACCAAACAUAUUCUCAUCGAGGCAGGGGAUUCCUGCCGAGUGCCUGUGCCUGUUGACCGCUGCCCCCUGGCCACCCUCACUGAGGAUGGCAGAGAGAGUGAGAGUGGGUGGGGCUGGUCUGAGGUGCUGGGGGGGCAUGUAGCUUCCCUGGUAGAGCUGCGCUGGACCCUUGGCCCCAAUGAUACCCCUGGACGUGCCUCCCUGGCUGGCAUAACCUUCCCUCCAUCCACACAUGACCUCAUCACCAUGGCUCCCAUACACUGGGAUGUGCAGGUUGAUGGACAAGAGGUUGUAGGUGGGACAGAGAACAGUGGUGUGGUGGGCCGGCCGCUGCAGCUGGGUGUGGGCAUCACCAAUACUAGUGGGGCGCCUCUACCGCCCCUCAGCCUGCGCAUCACAGCCUUCCAGGACCACCAGAACGGCCACCUCAACUACCGCCUGGAUGCCAAGAUGACCACCAUUGGGGCUACCAAGCUCACCACCCCACAGCUGAAAGAAGGCGAGGAGUUCCAGCAUUGUUGUGGACUGGUGUUCUUCACAGCAGGUGUAUUCAAGGUUGAGGUGACUUGCUCCCCAGCAGCAGUGGCAGCACAGACCUCCUUCUAUGAGAACAUCACACCAGCCCACCAACAUGCCUGGAAGUUUGCCCCACCCCUGGAGAUCACAGUGACUGAUGCCUGAAGUGGAGGCACCCACUGACCUGAAGGUGGUGAAGAGGCAUGCUGGAAGGUUGGUCUACUGUAUAUGGGGUUGUAUGGUUAACAGUUAAACUAAACCAACACCUGCAUCUAACUUUUGUUUUGCUGCCCAAUGGAGACCUGCCACGCAGCACACUGUAACAUAGCAUAAUGGUGGGUUGGGUUGUUCUGUCUGUAAACUUUUUUGAAACGGUAGUAGUAUUUUCCUAAUGCAGUAUUAUGCUGGUGGUCUUCCUUCUGGUAGCCCAAGCUGGGGUACUGUUUACUGCCUGUUUUUGCUACUAUGAGGAGUGUUGGAAAACGAGCUAUAAAGCCUUGUGUUAGCAAGACCCGUAGGCCCACCUAGUUGUGUGUGUGGUGUUGUCACCCCUCGUAGCCGCCCUCAGGACUAAUGCCCCCAGAUACUACUCGGUUGUUCUGUUGUUGAAAUACUACUUGGUGUUUAUCAUUCGGAGGUGUGGUAAGAAUGCAUUUUUCACCUGUGGUCAGACUUUUAACCAUUGGCAGUGGAGGGCAGACAUGUCUGUGUGAGGGUCGUGUUUGUCCUGCCUCAAGUACCUGGCUCCCUCAUCAGGCCAAUUGGAACAGUGAAGUGAAGUACCUCCAUGAAGGUUGCAGGAAACAAAGCUCAGAAACUUUGCCUUGAUUCAUGUCAUUCUCAAAAGGGGUGUGAAAUUAUAUGACAAAAUACUGUAUAUGAAUUGCAUUAAUACAACCAAAGUACCAUAGAGUGAUAUGUAUAUUAAGCACAGUUUAUAUAGUUAUUAUAAGGUGCCCUCAUGAUGUACUGAUUGAUAUGUACAACAGCACAAUAUUUGUGCAUUUUGAAUUUUGUGAUAUGUAUAUUUGAGUGUAUGAUAAUGUAAAAAUUGAAUGUAUACAACUCCUGCUAGUUGCUGUUUAGUUGUUGUUGGCUUCAUUUUGCAACACUUUUUUUUAAAAGGAUAAAUUCUUCUGUAUUCCUAAAAACAGUUUGAUGGUUGAGACACGAGUGUGCUCUUCUACCUUUUUCCUCCUCCUCUACAGGAAGAACUGAAUACUCAAACCAUUUUUUCUUAUCUCAGCAAGGGGUCCUGCACCACUACCUCUGUAACACUCAGCUCAUGAUGGAAAGUUGACCUCAGAAGUGUCUGUUUCUUGCCAAUGCAGACUUGGUGCCUAAGACGAACAAAAAAGCAGAUUCUUUAUAUCUUAAGUUAAAACAAAGUCAUGAGGACUGCCUUGCUCUUCUUCCCUACCAAAGAAAGCAGCUGGAGUCUACUUGAUGCUCACCUCACCAGCCCCAGACCCAAGGGUGUUAUGGGAAGUGCUGUAGUCUGUUUGCUCUCAUGGGACAAAACAGGCACUGCUCCCUUCACUACACUGGCUGACGUACCUCACGGUGCUGGGAUAUCGUUGUUUGUUUGUCAAAUCAUUACUGUUGUUGUAAGGGACAUUGAUUUAUUCUUUUAGACACACCAAGUCUUCUGCUUCUGAGACAUUAUGACAAACUUAUCAUUUGGAUUAUGUUGAUCAAAAUUACUAAGUUAUAUUAUUUAAGUAAUCUAUGUUGGGGCAGUAUCUUUUUUGUCACAUGGAAAUGAACAAAGUAGGAUGAUGGUGCAUAAGAUAAUAAAUAUCCUUAGAUUAGUACAAGUAAUAAGUAUAAUUUCCUAUGUACUGUGCCCAUACUUUGAUAAAAGCAGAUUUCUUAAAGAAUGAUAAGAUCUGAUGCAUGAAUGAAUAACUCAGCAUUUUGGUAUGAUUAGUAUUGCACAGGAUUCCAUCAUAUUAGAUAUGUGCUCUUGUCUUUACCCACUUGUAUGCUGCCCUGUCCUUGGUCCAAAGUCUCAUAAGAUGUGAUUAUUUAUGCCCUAACAUCACAACUUAUUUUCUUCUUAAACAAAGUACUCACUGUGCUCUCUAUCAUUAUUUAUAAGCCUGUUACCUUACUCAACCUUACAAAGUUAAAUAUCAUCAAUAGCUUGGAAAACUGUUACAACUCUGAUUUAAAUUUGUUACUGGUUGACACUGUGGCCAAAACCUGACUAUCUCUCAAUGACAAGUCUACUCUUUCCCACCACCAACAGUAGAUGCUUAUAUAGAGCCUCAGCAUCUUACUGAAAACUGGUUCUGUGGUGCAUGAACAGGGCAGUGUAUCGAUGGAUAAACACAACAUACAACUUGAAUCAGUAUUUUUCAUGUAGGAAAAUGCACAAGACAAUGUUAAUUUAUAAACAGUGGCAAGUAGUGGACAAGAAAGGCAUCCAAGGGUAUGUCUGCCUUGCUUCUCUACCUGAUUGUCCUCCCUGAGCCUCUCAACACCCUUGCUGUUUGGUGCACUCACUGUUUGCCGCAAGCCUGAACCCACACUUCCUCAUUGCUUCCUGUCACUCAACAAUAAAUAAAUAUCUUUUCCCACUUUACUCUCUUUUUUCGGAUCUUAAGGUGCAGAAAUAACUUCAGCUCAAACUCUUACAUGUUGAGCAAUAAAAUUAUUAGUGAGAGAUUAUUCAAGUGUGUGUGUGUGUGUGUGUGUGUGUGUGUGUGUGUGUGAGUGAGUGAGUGAGUGAGUGAGUGAGUGAGUGAGUGAGUGAGUGUGUGUGUGUGUGUGUGUGUGUGUGUGUGUGUGUGUGUGUGUGUGUGUGUGUGUGUGUGUGUGUGUGCGCACAAGUGGAGUGCCAAGAUAUGUGAAGAAGGAGCAGGCGUUGUAGCCUCUUAUGUGCCUGGCAGUAACUAUACUGGGUAGCGUCUGUUAAUGCUAUGGUUAUUUUAUUUCAGACUGAUUACUGAUGUAUUUAUAAAUGUUGAAAGACAAAUUUGGUUUUUUGUUAUGUAUAUGAUUUAGCAUUUUGUUUGAUAUGUUCCACCUGAAAAUCACACCAUAGAUAUUAUUGUAAAUCCUCUCUAUAUUGUUAUAUCUGUAUAUAUGUUCAUAUGGACCUAAUAAAACGUCAAUUUAGU